AUGGCUAACAACACUUGGGAGAGUGGAGAGCUGGGCACCAACGCCACCAGCCUUGGACCGGACCAAGCCUGCAUCCGUGAGAACGCUACCCAGGUCAACUUGACGUCCCAGGAAUUCCAGUCUCCAGACUUCUACGUGGUCCUCCCGGUGAUCUACUCGGUGAUCUGUGCGGUGGGUCUAACCGGGAACACGGCGGUCAUCUACGUGAUCCUGAAGGCUCCCAAAAUGAAGACGGUCACCAACAUGUUCAUCCUGAACUUAGCCAUUGCCGAUGACCUCUUCACCCUGGUCUUGCCCAUCAACAUUGCCGAACACCUGUUGCACUACUGGCCCUUCGGAGCGGUCCUUUGCAAGAUCAUCCUCUCCGUUGACCAUUACAAUAUCUUCUCCAGCAUUUAUUUCCUCACCGUCAUGAGCAUUGACCGGUACCUGGUUGUGCUAUCGACCGUCCGGUCCAAAAGGAUGCCGCACCGCACUUACCGGGCGGCCCGUAUCAUCAGCUUCGGCGUUUGGAUCCUGGUCACCCUGAUUGUGUUUCCUUUCUUCAUCUUUGCCAACGUCUACAAGGACGACUUGAACAUCACAAGCUGUGGACUCAAUUUCCCCAAACCAGAAAGAUCCUGGUUCAAAGCCAGCCGGAUCUACACGCUCUUCUUGGGCUUUGCCAUUCCGGUCUCCACCAUCUGUGUCCUUUACACCAUGAUGCUGUACAAUCUGAGGCACAUGAGCUUAAACUCCAAUGCCAAAGCUUUGGACAAAGCUAAAAAGAAAGUCACCAUCAUGGUCUUUGUCGUUUUGGCGGUCUGCCUCUUCUGCUGGACGCCCUUCCACCUGGCCACCAUUGUGGCUUUGACCACGGACUUGCCCCAGACCCCGGCGGUCAUCGGCAUCUCCUAUUUCAUCACCAGCCUGAGCUAUGCCAACUCUUGCUUGAAUCCUUUCUUGUACGCCUUCCUGGAUGACAGCUUUCAGAAAAGUUUCAGGAAGAUGCUAGAAUGCAGAACCCCGGCGGUCAUCGGCAUCUCCUAUUUCAUCACCAGCCUGAGCUAUGCCAACUCUUGCUUGAAUCCUUUCUUGUACGCCUUCCUGGAUGACAGCUUUCAGAAAAGUUUCAGGAAGAUGCUAGAAUGCAGAGCGGCUUGA